UUCUUUGAAAGAUGAAUAUUUAUACACACCCUUACACACAAAUACACACAUACUAAAAGGUUCAUUUAUUACAUUUUUUUUUUGCUUCUCUCUUUCUCUUUUUUCUCUCUUGUUUUCAUUUGUUUUUCUUUUUUCUUGUCCAUUGAUUUACGGCUCGAUGCACAGAUGUACAAUUUUUUGUCCUCUUUCAAACGAAAAAAGCAAAAAAAGAACAAAUGAUUAGUAAUAUUCUCUAAUAUUACCUCAACGAGUAUAGAAUAAGAUAACAAAAAAUUUGUUCUAGAAAUUAAUGGCAAUUGUCAAAGAUUUUUUAUUUAAUCUAAGUAUGAAUAAUUAGUGUCAUUAACUCAUUAAAUUUAUACUGUAAUAUUCUCUUUCUCUCUGUUGUUAUAUUAUUACAAUGAAGAUUUAACAGUUAAAACAAAAAACAAAAAUAGAAGCGAAACUCAAUUAUCACUAGUCUAUUGUUUGAGCACUUUUUUCUUAUUAUUCUUUAUUAGUUGAUAACUCAUCGCCGUUUUUUUUUUUUUGGAUACUUUAUAAACACUAAGCAAAACAGAGAACUUAGUGGGUGGACAUAAAAACAAUUAAUUGAUGAUAUCCUUUUAACGUUUAAUUGACAUGUACUAUGAUGGCCAUGAAACUGAGACGAAUUAGACUGACAAAGUUUCAGAUACGGACAAAUAUUGUUCAUUAUUCACAGAGUUAAAAUACUAGAGACAAAAUGAAUCGAACUAUUUCCUAUAUUCUUCAAUUCAACUCCAUAGCAUUUGUAUGAUGGUAUAUCAUCGAUUAAAUAUAGUUAGUUAUUAAUGAUCCCACUAGGAUUGUUGUUAUUGUUAUUUUUUAUACGAGUGCAUAAUUUAGGGAAAAUAAUGAUCGACUUUAUUAUUUAAAAAAGAAAUACAGUUUUUUGUUUUUUUUGUUGAUACUUAAAAUUAAUAAUUUUCGUUUUUUUUUUGUUUGUUUAUUUAGCUACUACAAAAUCUGGUGAUCGAAAUGAAAAUGAAAAACUUUUGGAGAUUCAACAAAAUGAACGUUUAAUGGAUGAAGGAUUUGCUAAAUCAUUUGCAACUAUUUGUACGAUAUUUACAUCCGCUCAUAGUAAUGAAUUUAUUCAUCCAGAAUAUUUAAGUCGAUUUUAUUUUGUAUUAAAUCAAGGUCUUAUAAAUUAUCAAGUAGAUGAAUUACGUUCACCAUCUGUCAUUGAAAGUAUCCUAUUGAAUAGUGGUGAUUUAUUUCGUAUGAAUUUACGUGGUGUUAAUAUAUUGUUACCAUGUUAUCUUGAUGCAUUAACCUAUUUUUUACAUCCUGAAUAUUAUAAUACGAAUAAUACAAAAGCUGUUAAUAAACAAUUUCGGGAUGAUCGUUUAAUUAAAAUACGAAAAAAAUGUAUUCAUAUUCUAAUGUCAAUUGUUAGUUUACCAUUUCAUUAUCAACAUUUACCAGUGAAAUCAUUUUAUGAUUAUUUAUCAAUUCAUCAACAGCAACAACAACAACAACAACAACAACAACAACAACAACAACAACAAGUACAGACAUCGACAAUGACAGCAACAUUCUGGGAAUAUAGAACAAAAAUAUUUACAUUAAUAUUUACAGCAUUAGACGCUGAAUAUGAUACAACAAAUGCACAAUUAUUAUUUGGUACAGUUCGUUUGGCUUGUUCACUCUAUUCUAAUUGGGAACAACAACAGAUAGAUCAACAGAUUCAGAAUGAUCCAAUGAGAACUGAUACAGCAACCGCUUAUUUGGGUCACUCUGUAAUAAAAAUAUGUGAUAAAGGCACAAAUGAUCCACAAUUAUUUUUAGCUGCAUUAGAUACACUCACAUCAAUUGCUACCGAUCCCAUAUGUCAACUAUCUAUUGAUAUAUGGAAAACUGUAUUAAAACGUUUAUGUAUAUUUAUUGAUGGUCAAUUACAUCGUAGUCCUAAAGAUCAUACACGUGAAAUGCAUUCAACUAUAGUGGCUACUUAUAAUACAUUGGUAACAUUAAUUAUUGAAAAACCAUCACUACUAGAUGAUUAUGAAAAUUUAUAUAAAUUAUGUGAAGUAAUUGAAUUAGGAAUAUCAGGAGAAAAAGCACAGUCACAUGAUAGAACAGUAUUUAAAAAAGAUAAAGAACUUCAUCCAGCAUCGCAACGUGUCGGCGAAUCAGCUGAAUAUUUAUUAUGUAUUUUAUUUGAACAUAAGGCAGUUUUACAUUUAAAAAAUGAUAUUUGUCGAAGUUGGGUAGAUGAGAUAUCGAUAACAGCACAACAAACAUCCAAUAGUUCAUCAUUAUCUUCAGCAUUCAAAUAUUUUGCUGUAAAUGGUAAUACAGUGUUUGCCAUGAACGAACUACCAUCAAAUGUUAAUAAUGGAAUGCCAGCUAUAAUUCUUCUAUGUCGUGGUUUAUUUGGAAAAAAUGUUUGGACAUUGAAUUUUCGUCAUCGACCACUAUCGAUGACAAAAAGAAAGAAAUCUAUUGAUAAAACAUCAAAUAAAAAUAAUAAAACACAGAACAAUAUUCCUGUUACAACAACGAAUGACACACAACAAAUGCGAACAACUGUAAAUGAACGACAAGAAAAGAUGAUACAGUAUCAUUCACAUGGAAAUAUUGGAAAAAAUGAAAAAGCAAAAAGUGAAUUGAGUAUACCAUCAUUAAAUUCUAUAUUAAAACGAGAUGAAGAAAAAUUAAAUUUAUUUCGUACAUUAAAAACAAAACAAAUUAAAAUUGAAGAACAAGCUGUACAACGAGCAUAUCAAAUGGCACAAACACAAUCAUCAACGUGUAAACCACCAGAAUGUCAAAAUCAUUUUGAAAGUAUUCGAUUAUUAUUAUGUCAUUAUGGUUUUUGUUCACUUGAUUCAAUGGAACAUUUGUUAAAUGGCAAACAUUGGCCUGAUUCAAAAGCAAUCGAUCGACUUCAACCUCGAAUACAAUUAUUGAACUCCAAUGAUCCAUCAUUUAUAACCGAUCUUAAACAAUUGGAUAUGAUAUCACCAACACUUUAUUGUACAGCGCAAAUAUUUUAUUUAAAAUUUGGGCAAAAAACAAUAUUUGAUUCAUUUUCAAAUACGAGUAUACCUGAAAAAUUGAAUUCAUCAUUUUUAACCGUUGUAUCAAAACUUGGCUCGGUUGUUGAUGUUAAAAGACAUUGUGGAUGGACGGGAAAUCCAACAACAAGUUGGAAACCAGUGAAUCAAACAGCUAUUUCAACUAAUGUUGUUCGUUCUAAAACAUUGAACGAUCUGAAUGGUGACGAUAGUAUAUUGUAUUGGGUUGAUUUAACAACAGAAAUGGCCUUUUAUCUUCCACAACAGUUAACUCUUGAAUCAAACGAUGUUGGAAAAUCAUCUGAAAUGCGUAUAUUCAUUGUUUGGUUGGAAGAAUUACGUGAAGAUCUUGAUUCUAUUCUUAACCUGAAUAAUGAACAACCAAAAUUACGUGAUAUAUCCAUUAUUGGUAUUCAUCCAUUAAAAAAUCAUUUAUUUCGAAUUAUAUUAAAUUCAAAUGCUCAACGAGCAAAUGCAAGUAUUCCACUCAUAGAUGGAAUGGUGAUACCAUUAAAUUUAUUAGAAUUUUUUAUUCGACAAUCCGUACUUAAUUUGAGUAAAAGAAAACGUCUUGAAGACAGUGAAAGUUCACAAACUGCUCAUUCAUUACGAAAAAAUAAAAUAACAAAAAUCAUUCAAAAAUAUCAUACAAAUCAUUCGGAUAUUGAUGAAUUUUUUCGCGGUAUAUUUUUCGUCAAAUGA